UGACUACAUGAUUAUAUACAAAUAUAUAAAUAACCCAGUCCAGUAUACUUUGUCAAGCUUGUUCUUCACAGAAGGCUCUGGGAAUCUCACGGCUGUGGUGAAUGUGACAAACGCAGCCUGUUCUGUGCUGAAGGAACGCGGUGUGUCUUUAAGACCCUGCGGAGCCCCGGUAACCCCACAGGGCUCGUUGUCCGUACUCUCCCGACUAUCUCUGUAGUUAUUUGAGGGAGGCGCUAAAGCCAUAUCUCCACUUUACCAAAAAAAUAAAUAAAAAAAAUAAACAACAAACCCCGCCAGAAGUAACGGCACUGUCUUGAGACAACAAAUCAAGCCAAAGCUGUGCAAACAGACUCUCGCGUCUCUCUCUCUCUCUCUCUCUCUCUCUGCGUCGGAGUGUGCGCGGCCGAUGCGCUGCAGACCGAAGCGUUCCGAGGCUCGUAUCCCGUUUAAAUCCUGCGCUCUCCCUCUGCUGAGUAUAUGUGGAGCUCAAGCGACACUUCUAUGAGAAACCCCGCUGAACGGCGAGACGAAGUUUGGUUGUUUUCCUAAACCGGGGGUGCUGCGGAGAGUCGAGGCGAGAGAGAGAUAGCGAAAGAUGGUUUUGAACAGCCUCCCGUGCGUCCUGGUUUCGCUGUGCCUGGUUUUUUUCUCGUCUUCUCCGUGCAAAGCUCGGAUUUACACCAACCACUGGGCUGUUCGGAUAGCCGGCGGACCUGAGCAAGCGGACCAUAUCGCGAGUAAAUAUGGGUAUAGAAACCUGGGCCAGAUUGGUGAUCUGAAGGACUACUACCAUUUCUUCCACAGCCGGACGAUAAAAAGGUCGACGCUUUUCAGCAGAGGCACACACAGCUUCAUCUCCAUGGAGCCAAAGGUGGAGUGGUUACAACAGCAGGUGGUGAAGAGGAGAACAAAGCGAGAUUAUAAACCCUCAUAUCCUGGUCCUGUACCGUACAGUAUGGUCCAGUCCAGCUCCAUUUACUUCAACGAUGCUAAAUGGAGCAGUAUGUGGUACAUACACUGUAAUGAUAACAUCCAUAACUGUCAGUCUGACAUGAAUAUCGUGGGCGCGUGGAAGAGAGGCUAUACGGGGAAGGAUGUGGUGGUUACCAUUCUGGAUGACGGUAUUGAGAGGAACCACCCAGAUCUCAUUCAGAACUAUGAUAAUGAGGCCAGUUAUGAUGUGAACGGUAAUGACAUGGAUCCCAUGCCCCGAUAUGAUGCCAGUAAUGAGAACAAGCAUGGCACGAGGUGCGCUGGUGAAGUAGCAGCGUCCGCCAACAACUCGCACUGCACGGUGGGCAUCGCUUACAACGCCAAGAUUGGGGGUGUCCGCAUGUUGGACGGAGAUGUGACAGACAUGGUAGAGGCCAAAUCACUGAGUCUACACCCUCAACACAUAGAUAUUUACAGUGCCAGCUGGGGUCCAGAUGAUGAUGGCAAAACCGUGGAUGGGCCCGCUUCCCUCGCCAGACAGGCCUUUGAAAACGGCAUCAGACAGGGCAGGAAAGGACGGGGCUCAAUUUUUGUUUGGGCGUCAGGAAAUGGCGGUCGGAGUCGCGAUCACUGUUCGUGUGACGGCUACACCAACAGCAUCUACACGAUAUCCAUCAGCAGCACGGCAGAGAGCGGCCGCAAGCCCUGGUAUCUGGAAGAGUGCGCCUCCACCCUCACCACCACCUACAGCAGCGGAGAGAACUACGACCGCAAAAUCAUCACAACUGAUCUGAGGCAGCGCUGCACAGACAGUCACACUGGAACAUCAGCGUCAGCGCCGAUGGCGGCAGGGAUCAUUGCUCUUGCUCUGGAAGCCAAUCCUUUCCUGACGUGGCGAGACGUGCAACACAUAAUAGUGAAGACAUCUCGUGCUGGCCAUCUCAGCGCUCCUGACUGGAAAACCAAUGCUGCUGGUUAUAACGUCAGUCACCUGUAUGGCUUCGGGCUGAUGGACGCAGAAGCCAUGGUGAAAGAGGCGGAGCACUGGAAACAGGUUCCCCCACAACACAUCUGUGUGGAGAAUGCUGAUAAACAAAUCAGAACCAUCCGUCCAGAGCAUGUCGUUCGUUCGGUAUACAAGGCAACAGGCUGCACGGAUAAUGCAAACCAUCACGUUAUUUAUCUGGAGCAUGUGGUUGUGCGUAUAACAAUUACGCACCCGCGACGAGGAGACCUGUCAAUCAACCUAACAUCACCAUCAGGGACAAAGUCACAGCUGCUCGCCAAUAGACUGUUUGAUCACUCAAUGGAGGGCUUUAAGAACUGGGAAUUCAUGACAACUCACUGCUGGGGAGAGAAAGCUGCUGGAGACUGGAUACUAGAGAUCUAUGAUUCUCCUUCCCAACUCAGGAGCCAGAAAGCACCAGGCAAGCUGAAAGAGUGGUCUCUGGUACUUUAUGGCACCUCGGUGCAUCCGUACUCGUUCCGCAAUGACAAGCCCCGCUCACUGGCGGAGCCUCAGCCUGAUGAUGAGUACAGUGAGGAGUAUGUGGGCUCGUGCCACCCUGAGUGUGGUGAGAAUGGCUGUGAGGGUCCAGGGCCCCAGCAGUGCAUCACUUGCCUCCACUAUUUCCUCAAGUUCAAGAACAACACCAGGAUGUGUGUACCUGAGUGUCCGACUGGCUUUUUCCGGGAUGAUAAGAAGCGCUGUAAGAAGUGCUCUCCGCUCUGCGAGUCUUGCAUGGGCAGCCGCAGCGAUCAGUGCUCAGCCUGCCGCCCGGGUCUGUACCUAAUGGAGGGAGGAAACAACUGCGUCAGCUCCUGUCCUGACGGCUUCUACCUGGACCUGGACUCCACCAUGUGCCGGAAAUGCAGAGAGAAUUGUAAGAAAUGCAUGUCUGCAAACAUCUGCACAGAAUGCCAGACCGGUCUCAGUCUACAGGGGAAUAAGUGUCAGCUGAGCUGUGAACCUGGCACCUAUUAUAAUGGGCACCGACGAGCAUGUGAAAAGUGCCACUCGACUUGUGCCACCUGUGCAGGAACUGGCAUGGAAGCGUGUAAUAAGUGCGCUCUGGGCUAUUACUUUGAGGAGUGGCGCUGCGUCUCCAGCUGCAGUGUGGGGCAUUACUUGGCAGAACAAACGACAGACAACGGAGAUGUCCAGAAGUCCUGUCAAAAGUGUGAUCCUACCUGCUACGCCUGCGCCGGGCCGGGGGAGAGGAACUGCAGCACCUGUGUGAGCGGCUAUAACCUGGAAAACGGUGUGUGUGUCGUCAGCACCAUCUGCAAAGAUGGGGAAUAUUUAAGCAAACCUGAUAAAUGUGAACUGUGUUCCUCAACCUGCUCAAAGUGCACUGGACCUGAGAGUAAAGACUGCAUCAGCUGUGCUUUCACCAGGCUCUAUGAUAACGGACAAUGUGUGAUCAGCUGUGAUCCUGGGAAAUACAAGGGGGAGAGACAGUGUCAUCUUUGCCACCACACAUGCCUCGAAUGUACAGACGAGGGGCCUGACAAAUGUACUCGCUGUAGCAAAGAUCGAUUCGGAGUGGAGCGGUACCUCUUUGAAGGGGAGUGUCGUGAAACCUGUCCAGAGGGUUAUUCACAUUCCUCGGAGGGAACAUGUGACCCCUGCCCUCCAAACUGCACUGUGUGUACUUCUACAGGCCACUGUCUCCACUGCACCCCCUCCUACUACCCUAAAGACGGGACGUGUGCCAAACUGGAGUGUGGACUGGGUGCAGCAGCUGACUCUGGUCAUGAAGACUGUGUAACCUGUGAGGAGGGCUGUCAGCAAUGCCUGACUGUGAAUCCAGAGCAUUGUAUGUCUUGUUUACCGGACUAUUAUCAGCUGAAAUCGAGCUGUCACAAGAUGUGCCCUGAGAGGACUUUUGAGGACAAGUUGUCCAUGAGGUGUGCUCGAUGUGAUGAUCACUGUGAGACCUGCGAUGCCUCUCAGUGUUACCAGUGUGAGGAAGGCUUCUUCCUGUCAGAUGGCACAUGUGCAGAAGCCUGUAAGGAGGGUUUUUAUGCUGACAUGAAGCAGGAGUGCGAGCCGUGUCACAGCACGUGUCGAUCAUGUGGUGGUCCGGACGAUAACGACUGUGAUUCCUGUGAAGAUGACAUGUUUCUAGAAAGGGGUCAGUGCAUCAGCAAAAGCAAGAUCAAGUGUCCUGACGGAAAAUUCCUAAACGGUGAGGGUGAGUGUGAGCAGUGUGAUUCCUCCUGCAGGACGUGUUCAGGGCAUCAGAAAGACCAGUGUGAUUCCUGUCAGGAAGGUAUGUUUCUCACCAACAGUCAGCUGUGUGUGUCCGUUUGUCCACAUGAGACUUACAGAAACCAGACGAGUGGGCGCUGUGAAGACUGUUCAGCAGACUGUUUGAUGUGUCAGGACGCACAUCACUGUCUGAAGUGCAAAAACGCCUUUGGUCCACUCUACCUGCAGGACGGCAAAUGUGUCGCUGAGUGUAAAAGGGGUUACCCAGAGGUCGACGUGUGUGUCAGCUGUGCCGUGGGAUGUGCUUCAUGUGAGGGGGAAGCCAAUUAUUGUCCGAGGUGUGAGGAAGGCUACAUACGUUACAAACACCACUGUGUGCAUCACUGCCCUGCAGGACACUUUAUAAAGGAUGGAGUCUGUGAGAUCUGUCCAAGGGGUUGCACCGAAUGUGACCAAAGGGGCAAAUGCAGUGCAUGUGAAGAGUACCACUUCCUGCAUGAAGAUCAAUGUCUUGAUGACUGUCCCAAGAGGUACUUUACAAACCUGGAGCAGAAUGAGUGUACGCCGUGUCACAGUGAUUGUGCAGAAUGUGACGGACCUGAUGAAGAUGACUGCACCUCCUGUGGCGAUUAUGGAUAUGUACGUCACAACACAAAGUGUCUGUACAGCUGUCCACCAGAAACGUAUCUGGAUGGAGCAGAGUGUCGAGAGUGUGACAAGUCCUGCCAGACGUGCUCAGGUCCUCAUCCGUCCUCCUGUCUCACCUGUAGAGACAACAUGAGGAAGGAUGUGAACGGGCACUGCGAGGUCUUCAGUGGCUGCCCUCUGCACACAUUCACCGAUAAGGACGGCCAGUGCAAGGCCUGUCACAAGAGCUGUCUCCAGUGCUCGGGCGCAGACAAACAGCAGUGCCUCAGCUGCAACCCCAAACGCUUGCUGCUCAAUCAGACGUGUGUGUCUACGUGUCCUGGUGGUUACUAUGUAGACAAGGGCAAGCAGGAGUGUGUUCAGUGCCACGUGAAAUGCGCGUCAUGCCUGGGACAUCACAGUAAUGACUGUAUAACCUGUAAACCAGGGCUGCUUCUGCUCGGACACAGCUGCUUCACCACCUGUCCGCUAAGUUACUUUGUGGACGCCUCCAGCAGAGCAUGUCAAGAGUGUGACCACACAUGUAAGGAAUGCUCAGGAAGCAGCCGUUUCUGUCUCAGCUGUAGAGAUGGAUACUUCCUGUUGAAAAAGUCCGGACAGUGUCUGCGGUCAUGCCCAUCAAACUACUUCCCUCGCACCUUAGACGGAGAUUGCCAAAGAUGCCACCCCACCUGUGAAACAUGCAAGGGCCCUGGUGCGAUCUCCUGUACAUCAUGUUAUGAUGGUUUCAAAAUGUUUGGAGGAAUCUGCACAUCUAUGUGUCUAAUUGGGGAAUAUCCCAUCCGUGUGAAUAACACAUGUGGCCCAUGUGACCCGUCCUGUAAUGAAUGUAGAGGUCCGGGACCCUACAGCUGCACCUCGUGCCCUGUUCUACAGCGCCUCACAGAGGAUGGGAGGUGUCUUCCUUGCUGUGGAGAAAACACACGCAUGAAUUCCUCAAGAUUUGCUUCGCAAUGCUGCCAGUGCCACGCACUGAAUGAUGAAUGCAUUGUCGCACUGAGCUACAGCCUCUUCAACAACGAUCCAGUGACUUGGGUUCAUCCUGGCCUUUUUGUUUUCACUGUCAUAUUUGUGCUGGUGAGCUUGUGGCUUGCCAUUUUUCUCUUCCUGCAAUUUCGGCAGAAGAUCUUCUUAAAGCUCACCAUCAAAUCGAACGGCUACACCAAAAUCGCAGACGACCACUUCACCUCUGCGACCUUCAGCGACAGCAUGCAGGCAGAGUACUGCGAUAAAGAAGCAGGCCAAGAGGAUGAGGAGGAGGAAGACGAGGACAUUGUGUACAUGGGGAGGGACGGGAUGGUGUAUCGAAAGUUUAAAUACAGCCUGUUGGAGAGAGAUGAGGAGGGGGAGGAGGUGGAGCUGGAAUAUGAUGAUAUGUAUACUCUCACAUAAAACACAAAAACCUGUUUAUUUUCUUUGAUAUAUGCAUAUCAAUACUUUAUUUAUUAUCAUUUUGACAUGCAGAAACCCACUAAUCUUCACCAAUCAACCAUUAAAGAAAUAGUUCUCCCAAAUAUCACGAUUCUGUCAUCAUUUACUCACCAUGAUGUUGUUCUAAACCCAUAUUUCUUCUGUGGAACACAAAAGAUGAUAUUCAGCAGAAUGUGCAAGCUGCUCUUUUGCGUACAAUAAAUGGUUACCGUGAGUUUUCAGUAAAUUUUGACUUGAAAAAUUAAUUCAAAAGGCUUGGAAUAAAGUGCAGGAGUCAUACAGGC